UGUUUUUCAGGAUCUGUCUUGACAACCUAUUUACUUAAAUCAAUAAACGUGUUUUAAUUGAACAAAGAUCGAAAAGUGUUAUUUUAUAUAUGUAGUAAAGACGAUCAAAAGUAUGAAGCCGUCUCUCGAUUUAAGAAACAUCUAAAACGGAUGAUGUUCCCGUCGGUUUCUGUUAUUAAUCUCUAAGAAUACCUGCCCAGAGCAUCACCUAACUUACUUGAAAUGUGGCGGCGAGCAACGUAGCCUCCUUACUCGUCCUGUGUGAAAUCCAGUGCCAUGGUUUGAAAACUGCCCUUGUCCCGUGUGUUUCACGAAGAACAAGCGCAAUACCAAUACCACAGCCACACGCGGAAAACGGUUGGUGAAGCACGUCUCCGAUUCGGCCGUUUCAGCAGUUAUCCGCUGUCUGCAUCGGUAUCAAGUGAAAGGAAACGUUAUUUUUACAGCGGACGAGACAGACAGAUCAGCAUCCCUGAACGCGGGGCGCACGAUAGGCAAUUGUCCAUGGAAUCGCAACGGAGGCGGAGAGCUGAAAGCGCUGUUGAAAGAUAUUCUCCAUUUAAAAGAACGAAUGGGCACGAAAAUGAUCACCGCCGACUUUAGAGAAAGUCUUUGCGUCUGGAGGCGACUGACCCUGUGGACGCUGACCUCUGACAUCACGGAGGAACCUUGACAGAGGAGCCAUCUGCCUUCUCCCAGCCCUCCGGCCGUUCCUGCAGACCUUACUGUGUGAAGCACAGGAGUUUCGGCUGCUUACAUCUGUAUGUGAGGACUGUGAGCGCUCUUUAGCUGCUCUGUCCCGGGUUACCCCUCCUGGUCUGCAGAUUUACUCCAUCGGUGCUCCUGAUUGGCUCCUAAAACGGAUACUUCAGCUUCCUGGUUGGAAACAAGUGUGCGGUCACCUGUCUUGUCUGUGGAGAAAAGCUGACAGACCCUGGUGGUUUGGAGACACUGUCGGCCCAAGAGGCCAACCCUUCCAAAAUGUCUACCAAGGCACCUAUUUACCUGAAGCGGGGGAGCCGAAAGGGUAAGAAGGAGAAGCUGCGGGACAUCCUGUCCUCCGACAUGAUCAGCCCCCCGCUGGGGGACUUCCGGCACACCAUCCACAUCGGGAGCAGCGGCGGGGAGAACGACCUGUUCGGGGACCUGUCCUUCCUGCAGGGCAAGUUCCACCUGCUGCCGGGCCAGCAGGGCCGCAGUCUGUCGCAGCGCUGCAGCCAGUACGGGGAGCCCUUCCAGUUCACCCGUGCGGCCAGCGUGUGCGGGCACCAGGCCUCCGGCGAGAGCUCGCCCCUGCUGAAGAACGCCAUCUCCCUGCCCGUCAUUGGCGGGGUGCAGGCCAUCACGCUGCCCGCCUCUGGCCCCGCCCCCGACCAAGCCUCUGACUCCGCCCCCGACUCCGCCCUUGACUCCGCCCCCGACUCCACCCCAGAUUCCCCGCUCGCACAGCCCGAUACGCUGAGCCAAGCCCCGCCUCCCAAGCCUCCCAGGUUACACCUGGAUGACAAGUCCCCGCCCCUCAGUCCAGACCCCUCCAUGCGGUCCUCUGACACACCGUCCCCCCUGACCCCGCCCUCCUCGAGGGCGUCGCUGGAUGCCGAGCAGUGCCUCCAGAGCCCGGAGGAACGGCCUUACCUGUCCCAUGCCGGCUCCCUGCUCUCCCUGCACCUGGACUUGGGGCCCUCCAUCCUGGACGAUGUGCUCCAGAUCAUGGACAAGCACAGCAUGGGUGGCCUCAACGGGACGUGCGUGCACGGCGGGCGACAGGAGAUCGUCACCUGAGGACCCCUCCCCCUUCCCAACCCCAUCACAUUGAAAAACGUCUCCCUCUCUUCCUGUUCUGAUUUUGCUCCUUUUGAAUAUACCUGCUUACGUCGAACACCAAGCCUAGCUGGAACACAUGGAUUGGUAAUAGAGAGCACUUGUUUGAACCCCUUUUAUGGAUAUUUUUCCUUACCUUUUCUCUUUUGUUACUGUGAAUUAUUCCUUUAGCCUUUCUGUGUUGAAUCUCGAAAUUGUGCAGUUUUUACUGUGUAAAAGACACAAUGGGUGAGCUUUUUUUUAACCCAUGUGGCCUUCUCAUGUUCACAUGUAUGACUUAAACAGGAAAUACAAUAAGACUGUUGGACCUGCGGACUCUUCUGUGAAAGGUUGUUUUUGUACAGCUGAACUGCUGAGUGCGUUUGCUGAGUGCUUCAGCUGAGGCCCUACUUACCCUACUGUACCUUUGCAUAUACUCCUUUGAGAUUAUUUCAAAGAGCCACUGGAGUUUCUUUUUUUGGGUGUGUGGCCUGAUUAGUGUGAGAGGGACGAUUCUCUGUCGGGCUGCAGCACUGGGGUGUGGGAGGAGGGAAUAUCGAUCGUCUGCCUCCACCCUAAAUCUCCUCCGCACAGGCCUCUUGCUGAGGCAGCCCCAGCGGGCACUGAAGGCCUUCCUUUUAUCCCCGCGAACUGUGCUGACGAACAAAAACCCGAAUCCGCUAACCUUCCUUUUCGCCCGUAUUCUCCCAGGAAUCACGCUGACUUACCAUCUCAGAUCUCGUGAGCUGAAAGAAAUGCUGCUCGUUAGAAUAGCGCACCGCUUCAGAGAACUUCCGCAUUGGCACAGGUGCGGCCAGUGAGUAUCGGGGGUUAAAGAAAUGGCGAGCUGCUUCAUUGAAGUGCGCCCGCACACUGCAUUUCUGUUAACGCUGCACCUCAUCAGUUAUCCUGCAGGGCUGUGGGCACUUCUGGUUUUAGUCUCUCCUCUCCCUCAUGUGCACACACCACCAGAGAGCUGAAGACAUUCUUUACAUCAGCUGACUGACUUUACUAUUCACCGCCAUUCAUCAGAAAGCACUUCUUCAAGACUCCUGUCUGUGACUGCAUUGGGCAGCCUUGGAUUUCUACUCCGGGAAGCAGCACAGAUAUAAGGUGCUUCAGUUGGACAUUAUCACAGAACUAUAAAGCGGUGCCAUUUGUCUUCUCUCGGUCUGUAAAUUUAAAUAAAUUGGGAAUGAUAGAUGCUUGUGAAUCCAUGUAAACCUGCAAUAAAAAUCUUAGCAGCACUGAUAAAUAUUUAUAAUAGAGAUUGUUCCUGCAUAGCAACUCUGUAGAGCCACAGAAGUCAAUCUUAUUAAAGGGGCCAUCGUAGUAAAUCUCUCCUGAAAGCUGAGAAAGCCUAGGACUGAUUGUUAGACGCUGGCCUUUAUUUUAGGGUUAAUAAAGAGUGUAGUCCAUGCAGAAGAA